AUGGUCACCUCCCUCAUUGCCGAUUGGAGAUUAUGGUCUCUCAACGACAAACACGACGAAUACGAGUUACAAUCCCCGAAAAUCAGUUCCUGGAAUGAAUGGAAAGACUUCAACCUCGAUACAAUCAUGAACGAAUAUCGAGACCUCCUGUUGUUCAUCAAAAUUCUUUACGACCCCAUGCCCACUCCUCCACGGCCGAUCCGCAAUGAAGAGCUGUUCAAAACCAGUUCAAGUGCUUCUUGGACGGACGAAUUCGACGUCCUUUCCGCGUGUGCUUCCUGGCUCUGGUCGAACAAGACCUGUUGGGAAACUGUGCCGUCAUCUUGUUCGAUGAAGGAACUCGCGCCAAGAUCAUCGACAAGUUCGAUCCAGACACUGCGUAUUUUGAGCCUGAUCUCCCCGAAACUUCCAGGCCGCACCGUUCCCGGUGAACUCAAACCAUCUUGGAAGUGGUCGUUGGAGCUGCAGCACGGUAACAUCAAGCAGCGGACAGAGUUUCUGAAGACUCGCCAUGGCUUCCUGCUUACUGAUGCCGCACUCGUUGCUAUUCGCCGGGUGAACGAUCUGGCUGAGGUUGACGACGCUCAUCUGCAGCUGUCGAAAACGAUACCUUGGACUGCGUACGGCAACGAAAAGGAGCCACAGCUGGCCAUGCUUCUUGGUCUCUGGUAUCUCGUUGACGGCAGACAAGUACCACACCCAGCUAUAACCAACGCAACCAAAACUCUUCAAACACAACCCCUUCAUCUGUGGGAGCAACGCCUACGCACCUCUGAAGGAACACUCUGCGCACAAGACAUCGUCCCUGAUUUUCUAGACGUAAUUAAAAGUAUUGAUCCCAACGAUUGCAAUGAGCAAUGGGCGCUGCAUCCGAAGCGGUUUAGAGAAGAUGGAUUACCACUCAAUGCUGUUCUCAUUGAGUACAUUCCCAACAUCCAAGAACUCAAUCUCGGCACCUAUACAGAUGAGCAGGCGAAGGCGUUCUAUGAGAUUUUGCAGGAGACCCAUGAGGCGCUGUGA